CUCGCUCGUCGGCCACAACACGCGAGCUGCCACAUUCCAUGCCGCGCCAUUAUAGUCAGUCGAGGACCGUCCCGACGGACGAGUCGUGCCGCUCGCAUGAUCAUCAUCGAGGACCGUCGCCGAUUCGUCCCGCACCGUUGGCGUCGCCGCGUCCCCGAUGUCGGACGUCGAGGAGGAGUCGAGAAGCGAGAAGCGGCUGAAAAUCGUGCUCGUCGGUGACUCCGGCGCCGGCAAAACCAGCAUCGUCCAGAAGUUUUGCAACAACGAUUUCACCAGGCAAUACGCACCUACCGCCGGCAUCGACUUCUUCCUCAAGAAUAUCAGCGUCGGCUGCUACAAAAAUGUUAAUCUGCAUUUAUGGGACGUCGGCGGGCUCGCUCUGCACGGCAACAUGUUGGACAAAUAUGUAUUCGGAGCGCACAUCAUUCUUUUGGUGUACGACGUCACGAAUAGCUCAAGUUUCGAUAUUUUGGAAGAGUGGCUCAGUAAAAUCAGGAAUUUCAUCGGCGCCUACGACGAAAUGCCUCUAAUGGCGUUAGUAGGUAACAAAUGUGACAUGGACCAUCAAAGGACAGUUAAGAGAGACAGGUCGCAUCGAUUCGCCGCCGAAAACGGAUUGGCUUAUCACGACAUGUCUGCGAGAACUGGAGAAUCGGUAUCUUUGUGCAUAGCAGGUUUGGCGGCGCAAGUCUUAGGUGUCCGAUUAACAAGAACGGAUCAAGACUUUCACAAGCCCAUCAUUAUCGCUGAAAUUGGGGACACGGUAGAUAUGAAUGCAAUACACAAAGUCGUAAAAAGGAUUCCUAAUAAGAAGCAACAUUCGAUUGCGUUCCAUCCUCAUUUCCCCGCCUCGAAAUCCGCGGUAUGCGCACUGCAAUGAUGAUCAUCGGACAACUCUUUAGAAUAUAUUUUUUAUGUAAAUUUAUACAUAUUAAUUCUAUUAGAUUUGACAAAAAUUGUACAAUUAUAGCCGUAAUAAAAAUAAUAAACACCGUAUUUCAUACAUGAUGUUAGAAAACAUCUCUUGCAUAAUCAAUUGUAUAUGUUAUAUAAGUUUCAUUCAUUUGAGCAUGUAUUUAUAACGGCAAACACAUAAUGUCAAUAUCGAGAAUGUAUUUUUUACAAUUGGAUCUUGCGCGUAAAUGUAUCAAAUUUGUGUAUCACGCAUCAUAU